AAAAGCCAAUUUGGCAUCACAAAGCCCAUUUGGCAUAAAACAUUUUUGGCUGCGUGCCAAUAUGGCGUAUUGGCAAUUCUAACAUAAAUGUAUAUAUUUAGUAAUUCCGGAAGUCAGAAUUGUCAUACAAAUAUAUACAUAACUCCGGAAGUCGGAAGUGUCAUACUUAGUAUAUAAUAUAUUUACUAACAAAACCCAUUUGGGCAUUUACAUGUAUUUUUGACUGCGCGCCCAUGUGGCGUGUUAGCAAAAAUAUAUAUUUUGACUCCAUGCUCGUAUAUUUGAAAGACACAAGGAGGGCCAUACCAAUUUAACACAUAAUUAUAUAUUUCUUUUACAUUAUCGAAUGUUACACUCUUUGUUUCUGUUUACAUUUGGAACCACGUGGUAGAACUACUUUCACUCCGUAUCUUUUCCGAGGUAAUUAUGAAUAAUAGCCGAGGAUGUUCCGAUUGCUGGUAUAGAUAUGACUUUAUGACAAACCAGGGUUGUCUCUCUUGUAAUUAACUGCAUUUAUGAAAUACAAGAUUUCGUAUGAUGCCUUUUAUAUAAAAUCAUAUAAAAGUCCAAUAAUUUCCAGUAUACCAGUUCCUUCAUGAGAAAAUUCAAGUAAAACUUAAGAUUAUUUCAUUGUAAAGGCAUCGUAUGGGAUACAGCUUUUAAAAUUAAAAUAUGUCAAAGACAAAUAUUGGUGAAUUUGGGCAAUUUUGUUUUGGUUUUGAUAAAAAUCGUUCUGUGAAGUUUUAAUAUUUUUGACUUUUAUAUUAUAUAUGAUACCAAUCUUUAGAGACAAUUCAGCGAAAAGAGCGCCUCUCUGAUGAAAUGCUUGGCAUGUUUAAUCGAAGUUUAAUCCCAGAUGAUGAAAGACCACUUGUUACAGACAAACGCAUCACUAAACAGUUGAAGGAAGAUCUAAAAAACAAAAGUUCAUACAUAAGAAGUUGCGGAUACCGCGGUUUCACUUUAGUCAUUUUUGUUGAUGAAGAUUGCGAUCCCCAGAAUUUAAAAAUUAGCCUGAAGUACCUGCUGAGAAAACACAAAAUCGUAUCAUUUUCCGUAGAGCCGUUAAAUAUCAAAAAAUUUUGUAAGGUUGGGUCAACAGCUGAAGCAAUUUUUGAUGAUGACGAAACCAGAAGGAGUGGAACAUUAGGUGGAUUUGCUAAAUCAUGCAGUGGCAAUGAAAGUAAAACAAUCGGGUUAGUGUCUCGACAUGUUUUUACCAUUGGUGACAGUCCUGCAACCAAUGCACUCAUCCUUUCGGAAGGGAAAACAACAGAAGCAUCUGUUGAUAUUGAUAAAUCAUUUGCUGAUAAUCACGAAAAUGUCUUAGACAUUGCGGCAAUUUCCUUCAAGGAGGAUACAUCUGAAUUCGACACAACAUAUAAAACAUCAGAAAACAAAAGUGCAAAAGGCGUUUUAACUACAUACACCACGGAACAAAUGAAGGGGCUUCCAGUUCAAAUAUGUGGAGCAUGUACGCCAUUAGGACGUGGAACUGUUACAAUGCCAAAGAUUGAAGGUGUUAGAGAUAGAUGUAUGGAUGAAAAUUUUAUUUUUGUCGAAGAUGACAUAACUAAAGGAAAGGAAAAGGAGGUUUUCUGUAAAGAACUUGAUAGUGGCGCAAUAGUUUGUACAGACGAUCAAGAUAAUUCAGAUAACGUACAGUUAAUUUCAAUGGUAAUUGGGGAAAGCAUUAAAAAGAAAGGCUCAUAUGCAACACUAAAACUAAAAGAAGGAAUCAACCAAGUUGAAGAAGAAACCAAUUCUACCAUUAAACUUUUGUAACUGAACAUCAGCUUGAGAACUUAUAUUCAAAGAAAAUAUUUGACUAUGACGUUAAUUGUUUGAUUGCAGAACUUAGAUAUAGAAAUAUGAGGGAAUGGUGUUUAUUGCUUGAUUGUAGAACAUUAGAUAAGUAUAGAAAGUAUGAGAGGCAGAAGUUUAUUUUUAAUUGUAGAACUUUGGUACAGAAAAUAUAAGAGAUGAAUUUUUAUUGUAUGAUUGUACAACUUUGAUGUAGAAAUCAAAUGAGAGAAUAGUGCAUUUUGUUUUAUUGUAGAGGAUAAAUACAGAAAAUAUGCAAAAAAUCAUGUUUAUUGUUUGAUUUUUUUACUAAACUUGUUUAUCCUCAUGUUUUCAGUCAAAGUCUGAUUAUUAAGACUCACAAAUGUAAUGGGAGAACGUUGUUUGUGAAAUCUUAAUUUGAUUAACAUUACACUCCUUGCUAUUUCACCGGGCCGAGCAUCAACAGCCAUUGGCAUGAAUAACAUUUAAAACUCCUAUGUGCAGAAAUGAUUGGAACCUACUAGUACAAACGUUUCCCAUUUUGAUAACAGCUUUCAUAAUUUGAACUUUUGAUGAUUUCCAUGAGCAAAUUACUUUCGAACUCGUACAAAUACAAUGCAUAAAAUACAUGUGAUUGUAUAAUAGUUAUCAUUUAGUAACUAUUUUCAAGCUGUCUUUAAUAUUGUUCAAAAAAUUAUAAAUAUAUUAUUAUAUAUAUAACUGAACAUAAGCAUGAGAACAAAGAUAUGAUAUUGUUUAUAUUUUUUAUUCUAAAACUUUGAUAGAGAAAAUAUGAGAAAUUGAUGCUUUAUUUCUUUCAUUGAAUGUGAGAAUAAUAAUGUUAGUUGUGUGAUUGCAAUACUUUGAUUUAUAAUAUAUAUGAGUGAAUGAUGUACAUUGUUUGAUUUGUCACUAAAUAUGUUACUUUUUGUUUUUAAGGUCAAAAUGUGAUUAUAAAGAAUCAUGAACGUUGUUUGUGAAAUCAUAACAUGAUCAAUACUCAUUCCUGUUUGACUGGCAGAGCUACAAUAGCUGUUGACAUGAACAACAUUUGUAACUCCUAUGUUCAGAAAUGAUGAGAAAAAAUAUUUGGGAAAAAAUCAAUAAGGCCAGGCGACGUUCACAGGACGCAGCCAAGACACAAUCCAAUAGGGCACCUAGAAGGCAUCGAACUAAAAAUGGAGUGAUGAUACAAGGGCGGGGUAAGGAGGGGAGGGAUAUGCAAUAACUAAAAUGUUAAGAACUAACUAAAAGGGGCCAAUUCAGGAUUAAAGGAACAAUGAGUGUGAGGAAAACCGGAGGAGAAGAGCACAAAACGGGACGAGAGGGGGAAUGGGAAGAAACUACUUACCGUUAACACUAAUGUAACAAGAUAGGACAUCACAAAACGCGCAAACGUUCAAACCAUGUAACAAACACACACAUGUGAAGGGACACAGCAAGGUACAGCCUUAGAACGAUCAGUUGUAAUAACACCACUGGGGAGUUUAAACCGGGUUAGGCGCGCCAAACCUCACUCUUAGCCAUAAUAUGUUUGUAUAUGACGAGUGUAAAUAAAACAAAUACCGCCAAGUCAUGGUUACAUUAGACAAAAUAAAUAAAUAAAUACAUAAAAACAUGUAAAUAUCUUCCAACCGGCUGAUUACCGUAACAAUAACUCAAUGACAUUAAGGAAGGCAUAGCAACACGAAAAUCCCACCCACACAAGGGCCAGACGAAGCAAGACAGAAGGCGAAGAUUAUAACAGUUCUGUCCGCAAGGCUUUAAGGAGUCCAAAAGAGAAAAACGUAGUGUCCAACUGUAAAAAGGCUUGAAUACUAAGCAUAAUGUAUGACUUAAAAUAAGUGGUUCAAUUUGUAAAAGAAACGUUUGAUUAUUUUAGUGAAGACAGCAAAACAAAUGACUUUAAACCAUGAACCUUCGGCGUUUGUAAACAACAUCUCUAUAGAAUUCAGAAUCAUGUACAGACUCAAUCAAACCGAGACUGCUAUUUUCAAGUAAUUUUGUUGUAUUUAAUACUUUCGAGGGAACACUUUGAUUCAAGAUUUCUUUUGCUAAUACCUAGUCGUAAAAGAGUUUUUAAAUAACAAUUGAAUUUUAAAAUUAAAUCUUAAUUACGAUGGUAAAUAAAUAUUUACGUAAUCUAUGAUAGCGAGAGCCUUAUUGAAGAAAUUUGCCAGUAAUAAAUAAAUUGCAUUCAUUAAAAUAAUCCACACGACUGCACGCCCCAGAAAAUCUAAUCAACUGGGAAAUAUAUAACCCAUAUGAUGUUGCAUGAGGUACAUCUCAAUCUAAAUGUGGUUAAUUUACGAUAUGUAAAUCAAAAUCCCCCUUUAUCAUAGAUUUAAGUUACAUGUACUCUAAUAUUGUUAAUGAUAGAAAUAUUUAAAUCUAAAAAAAUUGUAAUGUCUAAAGAGUUUGUUUUAUUCAAUUUAAGUUCACAUGGAUAUAUUUUAGUAACCAUUUGAUCAAAAUAAGGAUUAUUCAUGUUAAGGACAUCAUCUAGAUAUUAAAUGCAUGAAUAACUUCCUGUUGUGAAUUAAGAGACAUACUUUGCAUAAAGUCCCUCGCGAAACAAUAUAAAAAUGAAUCGGCUAUCAGGAAUGCAUAACUAGUUCC